CACUUUCCGCUGAUUGCAUUUUCGAUACUCGUGAAUCGUCGUCCUACACCAAUCUGUCAGCUCCAGACGCUGUUCUCCUUUGUUGUGUCACCUGGCAAAAAAAAAAGUUAGACUCGCUUUAUUUCCACUAAAUCCAUGCCGACGCCUAUAAACAUUGACCACAUAGAUACCCAGGAGCGCUACACGGGCUCGACACACCCGCUCAAGGCCAGACACCAUGCUCCGCCUCCGCAGAUCGUCGCGUCGCCCGGCGUGCGCGACUUCUUCGCCGGCCGGCACAAGUCGCAAGUCUCGUCUUUCCUCAAGCCGAACUCCUCCUUCAUAGGGUCCCAGCAGUCCGGCCGGUCGACGUUUGAGGUGCGCGUGGACUUGAAAGAGGUGGACCUGAAAAGAUCGUAUUUGUGCGGCUACUUCACGAUCCACGGCCUGACGGAGUCGCAUCCCGAGUUCACCACGUUCUUCAAAGGAGAGAUCAUCGGCCCGCACCACUCGUUUUACACGGCCCACGAGGAGUGGGGAUCCAACAAGCGCAACGACCUCCAGCACUGGAGCAGGUUCCCGUCCUGGAGAAGUCUGGAUUUCGACCAGGAAAACGACCUCGCCAACCAACACAUAUACGACACCGCACUGAACAACGAGCAUCUCUACAUGAGGUGGAAAGAGAUAUUUCUCGUUCCGGACGCCAGCGUGAAGAGCAUCAUGGGAGCCUCAUUUGAAGGUUUCUAUUACAUCUGCUUCAACCAGCUCACGGGCUCGAUCUCAGGGCUCUAUUUCCACCAGUCGUCGGGCAAAUUCCAGCAGCUGGAACUUGCACAUGUGCCCGACGGUGGGGUGUUGCCCUCGUUCAGUUUCGCAUAAUUUUUUCCCCUGCCCUUUUUUUUCUCUCCUUCUGGCGCUCCCAUAAAACAUGUCGAUCGAAGAGGGAUAUGUCGCCCGCACGCUCAACAACAGACUCGCUUCCAACACCAAACAACAGAAGCAGGCGCCUUCCAGAAUAGUGUACGAAAAGGCCAACUUCUACCUGGACUCCCGGUACCAUAUCAUAUCUGUGCUUGGAAAGGGCUCGUACGGAACAGUGUGCUCGGCGGUCGACAUGCAAUCAAAGGAUAAGGUGUCCAUCGCCAUAAAAAAGGUUAGCAACAUCUUCAACAAGGAGGUGCUGCUGAAACGCGCGGUGAGAGAGCUCAAGCUCAUGUCCUACUUCAAGGGCCACAAAAAUAUUAUCAACUUGGUGGACCUCGACAUCGUCUACAUGAAGCCCUACGACGGGCUGUACUGUUUCCAGGAGCUGGUAGACUACGAUUUGGCCAAGGUGAUCCACUCGUCCGUGCAGUUCAGCGAGUUCCACAUCCAGUGCUUCCUGUACCAGAUCUUAUGCGGACUAAAAUACAUCCACUCCGCAGACGUGAUUCAUCGAGACCUCAAGCCGGGCAACAUUCUGGUGACGAGCCAGGGAGUGCUCAAGAUCUGCGACUUCGGCCUCGCACGCGGAAUCUCGGAACAGUACAUGAACAAGAACCAUAGAUCCAGCAACAUCACCAACUAUGUCGCCACGCGGUGGUAUCGCGCGCCAGAGUUAAUUCUCACAAGAAAACAGUACGGCAAGGAGAUCGACAUGUGGGCCGUUGGGUGUAUUUUUGGCGAGCUGUACGGCCGCAAGCCGCUCUUCAUUGGCGACGACCAGAUGCACCAGAUCAGUGAGAUCUGCAAAGUGUUGGGCACUCCCUCAAGAAACGUGAUACUAGGGUACAACUCUACUGUGGCGUGGGACUACUUUGCGUCCUCGAAACCGCAGUUCCAGAAACAGGAGUGGUCCAACGUGUAUCCUCACGCCAGCGUGCUGGCCCACGAUUUGCUUUCGAACCUGCUUUGCUGGAAGGUCGAGAAACGGUACACUGUCGAGCAGUGUUUGGACCACCCCUUACUCGCUGAGGUCCGCAAUUUGGAAGACGAGCCAGAGGUUGCACAGCCGUUCGACUUCAGUUUCGAGUGGAAGUGUCGCACCGUCAACGACAUGAAAAUCCUGCUACACGAGGAAGUCGAGCUUUUCCGCAAGGAAAGAAAGGCGACGCUCAAGUAGGGCUCCGUGGUAUACUGUAAGCUAAUGAGAUUAGAAU